AUGCACCUUCCGUUGUUCUUCGGGAGACUGCCAACGCGUUUAGCUCUGCUCCACUCACUCACUCACUCCCUUCUUAGAAUUCAUGGCUGCAGCAGCACCGGCUAUGGCUUUGAACGGAAUAAAGACAGGCACAGCAUCGCAGGGACACCUAGAAAGAACAGCAGCGAAAGAGACCGAAGUUUUAAUUUCUGGGUUCUGUCGCCACUUCUACAAUCGUCGAUGGGUCAUAGGAACUGCAGGAAGCAUCGCCGUUAAGGUCCAUAAUGUCUACAUUCGCAAGUCCCAGCAGCUUAUGGUCAUGUCCCCAUCAGGUGGUUUGUCUGCUUCAUCUUCGAAACCUUGCCUGCGUAAAACUACAAAGUCUUCUGGUUGUGAUUCUCUCUUCAUGAAGCGGGCACUAGACUUGUCUUGUCCAAGUGAUGGUCCAAUACAAAGAGUACGAAGUAGUUUGGGGAUUGGCAUGGAACAGAAUGUGUCAACCAAGGCACGGAAAUCUGAAGGUGAAAUUGAUCCAUUCCCUCACUGCGUUGUUCUUGACAUUGAGGGGACCACUACUCCCAUAUCAUUUGUUACAGAGGUUCUCUUCCCUUAUGCACGUGCUAAUGUUGGUAGGCAUCUAUCUACAACAUAUGACACCCCUGAGACACAAGAUGAUAUUAAGCUGCUUCGCUCUCAAGUUCAAAAUGACCUGGAACAAGGGAUUGCAGGUGCUGUGCCUAUCCCCUCAGAUGAUGCUAGGAAAGAGGAAGUCAUUGCUGCUUUGGUUGCUAAUGUAGAAGCUAUGAUUAAAGCAGAUAGGAAGAUCACUGCCUUGAAAGAGUUACAGGGUCAUAUAUGGCAAACAGGUUUUGAGGGUAAGGAAUUGGAGGCAAUAGUUUUUGAUGAUGUACCAAAAGCUCUUGAGAAGUGGCAUGCCUUGGGUAAAAAGGUGUACAUAUAUUCUAGUGGUAGUAGGUUGGCGCAAAGGCUAAUAUUUGGAAAUACAAACUAUGGGGACCUGAGAAAAUACUUAUGUGGGUUUUUUGACACCAAAGUGGGUAACAAAAGAGAGACAUCCAGUUACGUUGAAAUUUUUGAGUCACUUGGUGUUGAUAAACCAUCAAAUAUUUUGUUUCUGACUGAUGUCUCUCAAGAAGCCACAGCUGCAAAGUCUGCAGGAUUGGAAGUGGUGAUUUCUGUUAGACCUGGAAACGGACCUCUUCCGGAAAAUCAUGGGUUCAGGACAGUCAAUUCCUUCUUGGAGGUAUGAGAAUGAGAGUAGUACUUAAAGUGAUUGUGUAACGAUGUUAAAUGUGCAGCAACAACUACGGAUGUAUACCUUAUAACGUUCACUUCCAAAACUGAAAUCUUUUUGAUUCUAACA